AUGUCCGCAACCGAGACCGAGACCUUACCCUCGCCAGCGACGACCUCCUCGAACUUGCUCUCCUCGCCAUUCCCCUUCGCCACAGCCCCAGACAUCAUCCGCUCGCACCAGAAAGAUGCCUACUUCACCGGCCACCUCACAAACACGCUCACAGACCUCCACCGCCGCCUCCUAGGCGCGCGCGCGACCCACGCCGUCGCCCCGGAGCUGCGCACCUCCGCCUCCCUCCUCUACUUCGCCCUCACCACCCUCACCGGCAACCGCACCCUCGGCGAGGAGUACUGCGACCUCGUCCAGCUCGAGGGCGACACGGGCAAGCUCCCCUCCCUCGAGCGCCGCGCUUACUACAUCGCCGGCAGCAUCCUCCUCCCCUACGCCGCCUCGCGCCUCCUGCCCCCGAUCCGCGCCCGCCUCCGCGCCCUCCUCGACCGCCGCGUCGAGUCCCUCCGCAAGGCCGGCAAGGCCGCCUCCCGCGAGUCCCGCCUCUGGUCCUACCUCUCCGGCAACCUCGCCUCCAUCACCUCCUCCACCCCCGUCCAGGCCCUCACCCUCGCCGCCUUCUACUUCAGCGGCACCUACUACCAGCUCUCCAAGCGCCUCCUCUCCCUCCGCUACGUCUUCACCCGCAGCGUCCCCGACACCCCCGACCGCGCCGGCUACGAGGUCCUCGGCGUCCUCCUCGUCGUCCAGCUCGCCGUCCAGGGCUACCUGCACGUCCGCUCCACCCUCCAGCAGGAGGUCGUCGCCGCCCGCGAGAGGGCCGUCAUGGCCGCCGACGUCGACGUCUCCCUCAGCCACGACAACUCCUACUUGAACAACAACGACCUGCUCCUCAACGACCUGGGCGGCGCGCAGGCGCAGGCGACCAGGAUCGACAUCGCCUCCACCACGCACACCCCCGUGGGGCCGGCGCCCAGAUACGUGCUCGGGGACGACAAGGUCAUGGGCUUCAUCAAGGGCCAGCAGCAGCGGAAAUGUACGCUUUGUCUAGAGGAGCUUAGAGACCCCUCCGCUACGCAGUGCGGCCAUGUAUUCUGCUGGGAGUGCAUUGGUGACUGGGUGAGAGAGAAGCCCGAGUGUCCAUUAUGUAGGAGGGAGGCGUUGGUUCAGCACAUACUCCCAUUACGAAUAGCAUAG